GCCGCUACAAGUCUAAUUCGGCCCUCACGGUGCAAUAUUAAUGAUUUUAGAAAUAUAAUGACUAUUGUAUGAUGUUUAAUAUGGACACGAAUGGACACCGCUGCCCGCUAAUAGAUAGUGCAGGUGUCGUGCCGAUAGCGAUGAACGGGUCACCCUCCUCUGGCAACAGCUCGGACAUGUUCCUCUACGAUGACUCCUCCAUGUCUGACGGCAGCCUCUACGCCAGCGACCAAGAAAACCACUCCAUCCCUAGAAAAAGAUCGGACUGCCGGCGGCUUCACAAGCGGCGAUCCCGAUGCCCGCAGCAGCAGAUCCAGCAGCGGCAGGCGGCGAACAUGCGCGAGCGUCGCCGCAUGCAGUCCAUCAACGACGCGUUCGAAGGACUGCGCGCGCACAUUCCAACGCUUCCCUACGAGAAACGGCUCUCGAAAGUAGAUACCCUCAAGCUGGCUAUAGGAUACAUCAGUUUUCUGGGGGAACUGGUCAGGGCAGACCGCAGUAGUUCAGACACCAUGCUCUCAGGAGUGACGAAUGCUCAAAAUAAAGAAGAGCAGAGAAAAGUCAUCAUUCGAGUUAAUAUGCCUAUUAAAAUUUUGAUUGCCCGCCAAGUGUACGACGCCACGGGUGUGCCCACGGUGGAAGUGGACCUGGUGACGGAGCUGGGCCUGUUCCGGGUGGGCGUGCCGUCCACAGACGUGAAGAAGAUAGGCGAGGCCGUGCAGCUCCGCGACAACCAGCCCGCCUGCAACCACGGCAUGGGCGUCACUAUGGCCGUCAAGAACAUCAACACCAUCAUCGCCCCCGAACUCAUCAAGCAAAAUUUCGAAGUCAUUAUGCAAAAAGAAAUCGAUCAAUUCAUGAUCUCCCUCGAUGGUACCGAAAACAGGUCGAGACUCGGGUCCAAUUCUAUCAUGGUCGUGUCGAUGGUUAUAGCAAAGGCCGGCGCAGCCAAGAAAGGUGUCCCGCUGUACCGCCACAUCUCGGACAUGGCCAGCGUGACGUCCAUCGUGCUGCCCGUGCCGCACUUCACCAUCCUCACCGGCGGCAUCGUGUCUUCCAACCCACUCGCCUUCCAGGAGUACUGUGUUAUGCCUACCGGCGCCUCCUCUUUCGCUGAUGCCAUGCGCAUGGGCACAGAAAUAUACACUUUCACAAAGAACGUGAUUAGAGAAAAAUACGGCGUUAACGCCACCUACGUGAGUGAUAAUGGCGGCUUUUCUAUCCCUUUACAAAGCCACAGAGAUGCACUUCUGUUUUUAACCGAUGUGAUUAAACAGUGUGGAUACUUAGGGAAAGUUGAGAUUUCAAUCAACGUGGCCGCUUCUGACAUGCACAAAGAUGGUGCGUACGACCUGGAAUUUAAAAACGAAAACUCAAAUCCUCAAGAGUACAUGUCGUCUGAGAAGCUCGGCGAAGUAUAUCUGGAUAAUAUGAAGGAGUUCCCUGUAUGUUCGAUAGAAGAUGGAUUUGAUUUUGAUGAUUGGGCUGCGUGGUCUCAAUUAGCUAUACGGACACCGAACCAAAUAAUGGGGAAUGAUUUGACUCAAACUAAUCUUAGAAGAGUUGGUUUGGCUGUCGAGAAGAAGGCUGGAAAUGCGAUCGCUUUGCGGAUCAAUCAGGCGGGAACGCUGACGGAAGUGAUUGAUGCUUUUAAAAUGCUGAGGGCCAACGCUUUCGGGAUCUGCGUGGAGGACCGGUGGGGGGACACGGAGGACCUGUUCCUCGCCGAUCUCGUGGUGGGGCUGUCGGCGGGGCAGUUCAAGUGCGGCGCACCUGCGCGCUCCGAGCGCGUCGGCAAGUACAACCAGAUCAUCAGGAUCGAGGAAGAACUAGGAGCCCUAGCUAAAUACGCGGGCAAAAACUAUCGCCUACAGCUAUGA